GUAAUUUCGCGUGAUUUCAAACUUUGGUCGCAACAUGUUGUGUACUUAAGCAUUGUCUUACGAACCAUCACUGGUUUUGUAUGUGUACAUCUAUCAUAUUAAUUGACAUUCAGUCGGUAUCUUGCAACGGUGCAUGGAAUGCUGAAAAAUCUCCUUAGGAUCAGACCUAUAGGGUGUGCUCAGUUUUUUCACACAUCCUGUUAUAUUCGGAACUCAUCUGAAAAGCAAUCCACGAAAUCCUCCAAUUUAAUUAAAUCAUAUUUCGAACUUGGUCGUUUCGGUAAACCGACAGGUACUUGGCUUCUUUAUCUUCCCUGCACAUGGAGCAUCGCAGUGGCUGCACCACCUGGACAACUACCGGACUUUUACAUGUUAGCCCUAUUUGGUGUGGGCUCCAUCUUGAUGCGAAGCGCCGGAUGCACUAUAAAUGACAUGUGGGAUCAGAAGUAUGAUAAGCUUGUUAAACGCACAAAAGACCGUCCUUUGGCUUCGGGUUCCCUUACAUACUUCCAAGCUCUUUCAUUUCUUGGUUUGCAGCUAUCAGCUUCACUUGUGAUCUUGUUGCAAUUGAACUGGUACAGUGUAUUUCUUGGUUUUCUGUCUAUGGUUCCUGUUACCACGUAUCCCCUGUUCAAACGAUUCACUUAUUGGCCGCAAGUUGUUCUUGGUUUAACGUUGAACUGGGGUGUUUGGCUUGGCUAUUCCGCCAUAAAUGGUUUUUGUCUUUUCUCCGUGUGCGCUCCUUUAUAUUUAGCUGCAGUGUGUUGGACUUGCACGUACGAUACUAUAUAUUCUCAUCAAGUGAGGAUAAUUUGUUAGCUAUUUUCUUUUUUUGCUCCUGUCGCUCUGGCAUUUUAAAAUUUUUCCCGAGAGUUACGUAGAUUUCUUGUAUUGCUUGAUAUAUUUAUUUUAUUUGCUAGCCUAGCAUUGCCCAGAAAACCCGUAGCACCUUUUCAUUGUAUGUUUUUAAAGUUAAAGACUAGGUUUAUUUGUUCUGUAUAGGUCUUACAUUCAACUGGGGUGCUUUGCUGGGCUAUUCUGCCGUCGUGGGUUACAUUAACCCUUAUGUCACAUUUCCUCUGUAUCUUGCUGGCCUCAAUUGGACGAUGAUUUACGACACAAUAUAUGCACAUCAGGUUUGUGCGCGUAGUUCAUUGUUGAAGUUUUCAUUUUUUUUUGAUGUUCGAUUUGUAAUCGAAAUUUUCCUUCUAGGAUAUUGAUGAUGACAUACGUAUAGGUGUCAAAUCAACUGCCAUUCUAUUUGGAGAAAACACUAAACCAUAUCUGGUCCUUUUUCACACGGGAAUGACAGCGUGUCUUCUCACUGUUGGAAUGAAUGCUGAUGCUGGUUGUAUUUAUUACCUUGGGACUCUAGGCACUAUGUUGCAUAUAGCUUAUUUGAUACGAAAAGCAGAUUUGAAGAAUCCUACUUGUUGUUGGCAGACGUUUAAAGCCAGUAGAACAUCUGGUCUUUUGUACUUUCUUACUAUUGUACUCGAUAAGAUAUGCGCCUAACUUUAUCCUAUACAUGAUGUAUUGAGAUUAAUUAAAAAUAAACAAUUUUGUAAAUAUGUAACUAAAUGAAUUGAACUUGUCUUAUUUUCUAAGUCUUCGU